AUGUUUCGAUUCAAUCAAAUUACAAGAGGUGUUGUUCAUAAAGUUUCCAGGACUUCUUUUACACGAGUUAUAUCACCAAGACCAUUCGUUACACCUCCAAUUUCUCGCAAUUUUUCUAAUUCUGAAUAUAGGCAAUAUGCUUCGCCUGAUGUAUCUAGCGAAAAAAAAAUAAAACCAAAAGCGCCGACUACGCUUGACAAGGCUUCACAAUUGUUUUUUUUGACCGAGAUAAUGAGAGGAAUGUGGGUUGUUUUAGAAAAUUUUUUCAGACCUCCUUAUACAAUCCUAUACCCAUACGAAAAGGGUGCCUUGAGUCCCAGAUUCAGAGGUGAAGAGAGAUGUAUUGCUUGCAAGUUAUGUGAGGCGAUUUGUCCUGCACUGGCCAUUACUAUAGAGGCAGAAGUGAGAGAUGAUGGUAGCCGUCGUACUACACGCUAUGAUAUCGAUAUGACAAAGUGCAUUUACUGUGGAUUUUGUCAGGCAUGUGAGGCAUGCCCGGUCGAUGCAAUUGUUGAAGGGCCCAAUUUUGAAUUUUCAACAGAAACCCGUGAGGAAUUAUUAUACAAUAAAGAAAAACUUCUUGCUAAUGGUGAUAAAUGGGAACCAGAAAUUUCAAAGAAUUUGGAAGCAAAUUCUUAUUACGUUUAA